AUGAGGCUACUGCACGCUCGCACACAACAGCUAUACACCUUCGCCUAUCCGCCUCCAGUGCAGUACGCCAUUUUCUCUCAUACUUGGUCAUCGCCACAUGAUGAUGAAUGGUCAUUUUAUGACUCUGUAGGGCAGGAACAUGACUCCAUUCGACAUGAGAUCAUCUUGAGGGUUUGCAACCUGACGCAGGGCCAUAGCUUGGAAUUUGUCUGGAUAGACAGCGUAUGCAUCGACAAGUCCUCAAGCGCAGACAUUUCGAAAGCCAUCAACUCGCUUCCCAAAUACUUUCAGAAAGCUGCCAUUUGCUUUGCAUUCCUAGUUGAUCUCCCAUGCGGAACUUCCGUCCCCUGCAAAGACACCUGGGCGCAGUGCCGAUUUUGGACUCGAGCAUGGACUCUACAGGAGCUGAUUCUCCCAGCAAAGAUACAGUUCUACGAUUCGAAAUGGCACUUAAGAGGUGAAAGGUCGUCCCAGCAUCUUCCUUCCCUCAUCUCCGGCAUCACUGGUAUAGACGAAGAGAUCCUAAGCCGCCAGCGCACAUUGCAGCAGACUUCAGUAGCGCGAAAGAUGUCAUGGGCCGCAUUGAGAAAGUCAUCUAGUCCUGAAGAUGUUGCAUACUCUCUUUUGGGACUCUUUGAUGUCUACAUACCAAUUGUCUUUGGUGAGGGAUCAAGGAGAGCGUUCCGGCGUUUACAAGAAGAGAUUCUCAAGCAUAGCAACGACGCCUCUCUCUUCGCCUGGACGAGCAGUGAGGAGGAAGAGUACAGAGGCAUCUUUGCAAACUCUCCUCGGGAAUUCUUGGCAUUUGCUCAACAAGACGUCACUCAUCUUCCAUUCGACUUCAAAGGCUUUGUUGUAUUGGCUAGCAAAGGUGUUCUCGUUUCUGGGCAAUUCUUAAACCAACAAGAUGGCUUGCUUCUCGACCUCGGAAGUCAGACUGACAGCAACGAUGAUUCCAAGCGUCUUGGAAUAUUGUUUCGACGAAGUAAUGACGGCACUUUCGCGCGUAUUAUGGCUAGCGAGAUCCAGACGUUGGCUGCAACCGAGAAAACCACUGCCAUGCAGGUGAUGGUGUUUCGAGGGCGCGUUGACGAUGCUGAUACCAACUCUCACGAAAUCUAUUUUGCAGCAUACAAGGGAGGUGGUAUCAGUGCGGCAUCCUGCAACUCCGCCUCAUCUGUCUGUUCCUUCGAGCCACCGUCCACGCCCAACAGAAGAACUGCAGCAGAGCAAGGAACGCCGUCAGACAUCACACCAACCGGCUCAAACCCUGACAUCGCCCAACAGUGGCACCGGGGCGAGCCAGGGUGGAUUAAGGUCCAUGAACCUUCCUGUGAAGAGUCUCAGGCUGCAUCAGACGAAUCAGAUGGGGAGUGUUCUUCAAUGCAGGUAUCACAGCAAACCGACAUUGGCUGGCCCAGACCGAAUUCAGUCAUGUCUAAUGUAACCACGGUUACAUCGCCGUCUAACACUGAAUCAGACUUUACGCCUCAUGACUGCCAGCAAGGCGACAGUGACUUGGAAGAGCAACAGCAUUGUCCUCCGGCCACUCGGGGUAACUGGGAGAUGGAUGUAUUGAACAAUCACGAUAAUAUCAAGGAACGUCUUUCCAAUCUCCUCCUAGACCACUUUGCAGAUUCACAAGUGGCUGCUGGCCGUUUGCGCAAACAACGGAUCAAGAGAUCCAAGGUCACCAAACGGACCAUCUUUGGCACCACCAUCGCCUUCCAUAUUACUGUCCAAUCUGCAAGACGCAGUUUCGAUAUUCAAGUGAAAAAGAUGAGCAUAUCAUUCAACGAUCUUGUGAAUAUCAAGACUGCAUGCCAUAUGAAGGCAUCUCAGAGGACCAGCAUCGAUCAAUUUCCCAAACUCAAGGCACUAAUAAUGACGUGA